UGUGUCUACUUGCAUGGAAUAUUAGAAAAAGCUGUUCUUCAUUUAUGAUAUGUUGUGAUAUUAGGCUAAUAAUACUGAUUGAUUGGUACUUUAAUGGGACAUUAACAAGCCUAGACACAGACGUGAUGGCGGCCAUGCUCAUAAAAGGGUUUCACUUUAUUUUAUUACAAACAAGAAAUCAAGCAGAAAGCUAACAUCGAAACAGAUUACAGCAUUUAUCUUAAUGGUUUUCUUUUAUUUGUCUUGGUGCGAAGUUUUCUUUUCUUUUUUCUUUUUUUUUUAAUACAAGGCAUUUUACGCGCCACCCGCGCUCUAGAGAUGCGCAUUCCUUCAUACCCCUAAUGAACGGACACGCUGUGGGGGAUGAAUAUUAAUUCGUGGAGACCAAACCACAGAUACCGCUGUAUAAUUUCGAUUACCGGGGACCGUCUGCUUCUCUGACACGUCUCGUUCGACCAAUCGCGGCUCAGCAGAGGAGCGACACACCUGUAUAAAAGCAGACUCCAGGUCAGCUGUCACUCAGAGAGGAGAGAUGAAAAUCCACGGAGAAGCCUGGAGUUAGAGAGUUGAAACACUUUGAGCGAGGUGUGCUCUGCGUUACCUGCCGUGUGCACUACAAAAAAAUGGAUGAAAUAUUUAACCAAAGUGGCGAACUCAAUCGAAGUUCGCCCGGCGACGAGAAGUUUAGUUUCGAAGACAUCGAUGUCAGCGCGGACGGCACCCCCAUCCUUAGGAUACUCAUAUCCGUGGUGUACUCUGUAGUUUGCGCAGUUGGCUUAGUGGGCAACCUGCUCGUCUUUUUCCUCAUGAGGGUACGACAGGGCCGGAAGAGGUCCACGAUAAAUGUUUUCAUCAUCAACCUUGCGGUGACAGACUUCCAGUUCGUCCUCACUCUUCCCUUCUGGGCCGUGGACACCGCGCUGGACUUCAGCUGGCCGUUUGGAGACGCCAUGUGCAAAAUCAUCCUCUCGGUCACCGUCAUGAACAUGUAUGCCAGCGUGUUUUUCCUCACUGCCAUGAGCGUGACCCGCUACCUGUCUGUCGCCUCGGCCCUAAAGAAAAAAGCGCACAGGAGGUCUCGGUGCGUGAGGUGGGUGUGCGCGGUGCUGUGGGUGGCGGCGACGAUGGCCACAGCUCCCACGGCUGUCUUCUCCACUGUGACUGUGGUCGCUGGAGAGAAACUCUGCCUCCUCAAGUUUCCCGAAGGACACGACUGGCUCGCCCUCUAUCACAUCCAAAAGAUACUGAUAGCCUUUAUCAUCCCAAUGCUCAUAGUGUCUGUAAACUAUCUGAUGCUCUUGCGCUUUGUCAGGCGAAGGAGUAUGGACAGCAGCAACCCUAAACGGAGAUCUAGAGUCACCAAAUCUGUCGCCAUAGUGGUUUUGUCUUUCUUUUUUUGCUGGAUGCCAAACCAUGCCAUCACCUUUUGGGGCGUCUUGGUCAAAUUUAACGCAGCCAACUGGGAUACGUCGUAUUACAUGGUGCACACGUAUGUGUUCCCGGUCACUGUGUGCUUGGCGCACACAAACAGCUGCUUGAACCCGGUGCUCUACUGCCUAAUGAGGCCGGAGAUCAGGAAAAUGCUCAGCAGUUUGUUUUGGAGAUCCUCGACCACCCCGUCCUCCAGCAAAGCCUGCGUGACGCGCUCUGUUACGCAGGGAGAAACCCAGGGAGUCGUGCCUCUCCAGAUCAUGGACAACUCAGAGUACACCCUGUCCAUCAUAGACCGUAAAGGUUUAUCAGGUUCUAAAAUCAUCCCGUAUAACCGUUAACUUCAGCCUGUUGAAGGAACUGGUUUCGUCCACCUGUGAUAGCCCAGCUGCCGUUACUCGUGCGUAAUGCUUUUGCCACCGUUCCAAAAUUGAACGCGUUAAGGUCCAACAGUGUGGAUUCAUACAAAAUAUUGGAUUAUAAUGUGACACGGACAUGUUUCACAAGUACGCUUUGACAUUUGUUUAGUUUCAAAAACAAAAAUACAGUGUUUCCACUUGCGGUCUUUCCUUGCGCUCAGUUAAAAUGUAUGUAGAUUUUUCUUUUCGCCUUCUUUCGUUUACUUGAUAAUAAGAAGCGACGAGCCACAAGGAACAGAAAGACUAGGACACAGGGGACAGACGACACCGAGGGACGCAGGACUCCCAGCGCGUCAUUGGGGAUGUGAAAGGUGAUCUGUAAUCAAUAUUAUAGAUCACUGAUAAUAUAUUGCAAAUUUUCGUAACCAUGCUAUGUCAUGUAAAUACUGCCUGUAAAUAAAUGCCUUUUUUCCAUCAGCGACAGCGGUUGAUAUAUGUAUCCUCUUUGAAGGAAUUGAAGGCAAUUAUUUUGUAAAUGAGACAUCCCAUUUAUAAAAUAAUUGCCUCCGAUUCCUUCAAAGAGGAUAUACUGCGUAGUUAUCCCGUAUUGUGUACUGUGUCCUCACUAAUGUGAACAGUUUUCUUUGAAAGGGAAGGUGCAUUUCUACAGACAUGUUUACAGUAAUAAAUGUAUUUUAGGAGGUUGGUGAAAUUUAUUUUUUCUAUUUUUAUUUUUUAAUAGUCAAUAAUUUUAUUGUUCUUGUGUGAUCCAUCAAAAAUAAAUAAACCAACAUUUAAUCAGUGAGAAACGCCUCAAGUCACAGGAGAAAUAGGCAAAUAAGGAUUCACAUAAAGGCAUUCAUUCACGUAUUGUUGGACUUCAGUUCAGUAGCUCCAAGUUCCUUGUCAUUAUGUGAAUUCACAUUCUUCAUUCACUCUAAUCCAACACACGGGCUUACUAAGGUAACCCAGGGGAGACAUUAGGACUGGCUGCAAAAGCUCCAGCAGCCACUUGGCCGUCAGCAUGUGGUGCAGAUGCUCCUGUAUGGUUCAAUAAACAAAACAGAGUAGAGCCCAGGGCAGGAGAUGACUCCUGGCUGCAGGUGGCUGGGCCUGCUGCCAGGCUCUGUGCUAAUUAGGAUUCUUCUUUCAUUCUUCUGUGCGCCCUGCAGCGAUCUGUUUAGGAUGCUGUGGGGAUGCUGUGUGAUCAGAAAGCAUCCACACUGUACACCAAAUCAACAAGCAUAGGGGAUCUGUAAGAACUUUGAUCAGUCUGCGCUGUUCUCUUUCAUCUCUUUGAUCGGGAUCAGGUUCUUUCAUACAGGACAUAAAUCACAGACACAGUCUCUACAGCACCUACUUAGACUCUAAGGAAGAGUCACCCUCAAAAUCAAGAGUCCCCUCUAAUGGUUAAUAAAUAAAUAAACAGCCACAGGAAUAGCAACUGAGCAGUUACAUCUUAUUUUUGGUUUGGUAUCUGGAGUACGAUUCCAAUAAAAACUGAACGUUUGAGGCAGGAAUCAUCAAGUAACGUACGCCGACCAGCCACAACAUUAAAACCACUGACAUGUGAUGUAAAUAACGUUGACCAUCUUGUGACUAUGAAAUGUUCUGCUGGGAAACGUUUGGACCUCGUACUGGUGUGGAUGUUAAGUGUCUUCAGACAUGCUAGACCACUCGGUUUUCUAUUGACAUCAGCCGUAAGGCGUAUCUGACGUCUGUGUUCUCCAACAUUUAAAGAGAAUACACACACUGUACGCCACAUGUCAUGUAUAAUAUACCAUGCACGAAUAUUGCAUAAGCUUUCACAGAGCUAAAGUUGGAGGUGUUAACUUCAAGAGCCUUUGAAGUGUGAUUCAGUGAAUGUAGACUAAUGAGUGGGUAAUCAUUCUGCCAACACAUAUCAAUCAGUGUGCAGCAGGCCUGAAUUAUGAUCUUGAUCUUUUUUCUUCUUUUUUUUUUGCUUUGGCACUGAGGUGAGGAAACAAUUUGCGCCUGAUUAGCAUUCAUUGUUUUACAUUUAAGUCCACCACAUCUGUAAUGACAUUCAGCACCUAAAUCGUGUCUACUAACCCACACAUUCUUAUUGUGUCUUUAUGCUAAUAUACGCUGCACCAUGUUUAUAUAUUCUGAGAUUUCCUGCUUGUCUUAAAUUGUGUUUGCAUUUCUGCUUUC